UCCUUGCUGCCUACAUGUGAGCUGCAGUGCUCCUUUACUCCUCCUCUCCCCUCUAGAGCAACCCUCCCCCUCUUUUGUGAGGUCUGCAGAUAAGAGACAGAAGGGAUAGAGCUGGCAGGCGAUCAGUACUGUAUCACUGCACCAGGAGGAGGUAGAAACAGAGAGAAGAGACCAGGGUCACUGCAGACAAGAAAGGGAUUCAGAAGCCUGUCUGCUCCACUGGGCGAUCAGAAGAGAUCAAGAACAGCUCACCUCUAGAAAUAAGCUGAAAAAUAAUAAGGUAUCUGCUUGGAGAAGACUCACCCCUCAGGGAGCAUGAUGCUCUCUACUGAUUGAUGAUCAGAAAAAGGAAAUCCAUCCGGAUCUUUAGGAGACUGGGCAGGCUGCAGCCUUAAACACUAAAUGGGGAUUGACUCACAGUGAGCAAUGCUAGCCCCCAACCGCCUCAGACUCAUCCACUUUCUCCACUGUUUAUGAAUCACUGAGUGUUUACCGGGAUUCUUAUUGGUGACGAGCUGAGUAAAACUGCAUUAUUGUUUUCACCCCCUCUAUAUUUACCACGAAGAGACUAUGGCUCAACUUUGAUGGUGUCACCGGUAGGGCAAUGCCUGUCGUGAUCUAAGUUUGUGGAGCAGAUUGCAUGAUUGAGGCUUGGCAUCCACUGUCCACAGCAUUGGUGACUGAUUGCAGAAGUAUUGUGCUCUGUAUCCUGAGAUACUGACUGGGAUCACAUUCUAAACAUUGGAGUCCCAGGGAAAAUGGCCACUCUCCUGCGGAAAAUAGGACUGAUCCGUCUUCACGACAGGGAUACAGAAGAUCCCAAGCAUUACCACCAUCACCGCAGCCAGCAAGGUUCACUGAAAAACGGCAAAGGGAAGAAUAGCAACAACAAGCCGCUAGGGGGCAUGGCAGGAGGAGGUGGUGGUGGUGGUGGUGGUGGUGGCGGCGGCAGCAGUGGAGGAGGCAGUAGUGGCUGCUGCAGCAACACCACCCCAGGCAAUGAAGGCAAUGGCCAGGCUGAGAUCAAGGGCAAAAAGGCCGAACAGUGUCACAAGGAUAAACAUGGCACUGCAGGAGGAAAGGAUAAAAACAACUCCAAGGAAACCAGCACCCCCACCAUCACCAAGGAGUCCAAGCAGCAAAGUGGUGUAGGAGGGGGUAAUGGAGGAGUAGGGGGCAAGCAAGGAGGGGGCUCCUCACUGCAACCACCGGUGCCACCCAACAGGCAGAACUGUACCCAGGUAAGGAGUAGACGCCUGAUGAAGGAGCUUCAAGACAUCCGCAAGCUAAGUGACCACUUCAUCUCAGUGGAGCUGGUGGAUGACAGCCUCUUUGACUGGAAUGUCAAGCUCCACCAGGUGGACAAGGACUCCACCCUCUGGCAGGACAUGAAGGAGACCAACACUGAGUUUAUAUUGCUCAACCUCACCUUCCCGGACAACUUCCCUUUCUCCCCACCCUUCAUGAGAGUGCUGAGCCCCAGGCUGGAGAAUGGAUAUGUGCUGGAUGGUGGGGCCAUCUGCAUGGAGCUGCUCACCCCCAGGGGUUGGUCCAGUGCCUACACGGUUGAAGCCGUUAUGAGGCAGUUUGCAGCUAGCCUGGUCAAAGGGCAGGGACGUAUCUGCAGGAAAGCAGGCAAGUCCAAAAAGGCCUUUAGCCGCAAGGAGGCAGAAGCGACAUUUAAGAGUUUAGUGAAGACUCACGAGAAGUAUGGCUGGGUCACCCCACCUGUGUCUGAUGGCUGACGCAAGAAUGCUUACUAUAGACAGACUUCAAGGAAGGGGGAUGGAAAUAACCUAACCAAGAAAAAGAAUAAAUAAAUGAAUAUAUUUAAGAAUAAAAAGAUCACAAUUCCAUCUCCUCAGUGCUGUACAUCAUUCAUUCAUCAGCCAUCCAUCCGUCCUUUUCUACUUCAGCUUCAAUUUAAGAAUGUGAUUGACAGGAAGACUUAAUUUAUUUAUGUCCAUAUGUGUUUACAAAAGAAGACAUGGAAAGAAAACAGAUUGUGAAAAAGAAUGUCGUGUUACAAUCAUUUUUCCAGACUGAUGAGGGAUCAUCUUCAGGUCACCGUAGAGCGGAGAUUGAAAUUACUUCAUUGUCCAUUCUAGACGCAUGAUUUUUCGGCUUCUUUCCCUGACAGCAAUGCCAAAAGGCAGCAGUGGAAAUUCCAUCUGCAGCCUCUCUGUUUAUUUAAAUGUAAAUGGAGCCGUUAAUAUUUAAUAAGCAAGCAGUGCUUUGCAGGUACAUGUUUGCUGUGCUGUUUAUCUUUGUCUCUUUUCCUGGCAGGUCAAGACAACUUUGAAGAUUUUGUCUUUUAUGUGGAGCUGUGGUCCGCUGUGACUCAAAAUUUAGACCUCAUUUGUGUUCGAUGUGAUCUGUGUUGGAUAACUGACGAAAUAUAACAGUGGAAAAAUUAAUACAGAGUAAUAGUGUGGAGCUAUUGAAAAAUAAAAAUUCACUUAAUAGUAAGUCAAGUGUGUGGCGUAAAGGAUUUAAAAGAAUACUGUUAAAAAUAAUUCUAAGGCCAGUAAAUAUGCAUUAUGGAUGCUUGCACUAGGCUCACUUUUCAUGUUAGAUGUAAGUCCUUUGAUUGUAUUUUAUUUAUUGAUUAUUGUUAUCGUCUGUGUUUUUAAAAAGUUGCUUGGGACAGAUGCGCAACAUAUAAAAUAUGCACACACAUUUUGUUUACAUAAUUGAUUGUAGAUGUAUAGAUUAAGAGAAAAAAAAGGUCAUAAAACUCCAAGCUUCA